UGCACCAAAAAUUUGACGUUUAUUAGAGUAGUGGUCACAGACUUCAGAGCAUCCACACUGAGCCUGUAACCAUGUCCGUGCUGAAGAAGUCAGUGUUGGUGGGGUUGGUGCUGUUGGCUCUCAUUCAUCUGAAUGAAGGAGCCUGCUGGAUGAAGAGGAUGAAAAAAGGUGAGGUUCGUUGUCAGGAUAACCUAGAUAAGACCCAGCACCUUAUAGGAUCAUCCUGGACCAACAGCAAAUGUCAUCAGUGUGGCUGCAGUGCUGAUGGAAUGCGCUGCUGUCAUGGACUUCCAACAAUUUUGAACUUUGCUGAAGAUUGCACUGUGGAGUACAAUUAUCACACAUGUACAUUUAAAGUGGUUAAAAAGGAGGACCACUCAAUUCCUUGCUCUCACAGUGGUGUAGGAAAGUGAAAUAAAGUGAAAGAGAAAUAGAGAACAGAAAAUAAGGGCAGACGUCAGUAAUUCUGUAAGUUCAUGUUAAUCCAAUCAAAAUGACUUUAAUAAAGGUUGAUAUAAACUAAA